AAGAUUUGGUAGUUGCGGUGGCCCGCGCGCAGCGGCGUUUUCACAAAGCCGAGGACAUGGAUUCAAAAGAGGAAGCGAGUGGGAGUGAAGGCGAAGAGUACGUGUACAGGAUUAGUACGGCUAAGGAGUGGGAAGUCUUGCAGAAAGAUGGAUCUAUUUUUGGUGGAGAUCUUGAUAAAUUGUCCGGUUUUAUCCACCUCAGCAAGCUCCUCCAGGUUAAGUCAACAUUGCAAAACUUCUUCUUGAACACUAAUUUGGAGUUGUAUUUGCUUCAAAUUGACGCUAAGAAGCUUGGGGAUGGAUUGAUAUAUGAAGUUGUAGAUGGUACCAAUAGCUUCCCCCAUUUUUAUGGGCCGAAACGAAGUUUCAUUCCUCUCCCUUUCGAGGCAGUUGUCAAAGCAGAGAAGAUUACCGUAUCAGAUGGCCAGUUCAUUUGUAGUCUGUUGAAUUAAGCUGUUAUAUUGUGAUUUGACAUAUUAUUCAGGCAUUUUGUUGUGAAUCUCUUGGACAUAAGAGACGGGCAUUUUCUUGUAUAGAUCAUAUAAUUGUAGCAUACAAUCGUAAAGUUGUGUUAGAUAA